GGUAUUUGCCAGUCACACGGACAAACACCAAGGCAAAAGUGUGAGCAAAUAUUGAAUUCCAAAUUAAAUUCCCAAUUAUAUUAGGCCAAAAGCACGCAAUGGAAAGGCUGAACGGAAGGAAUGUGGCACUACUGGUGCUCUGCCUGUGCGCCGGCUACGCCCUGGUGUUCGCCGAGGGCGAGAAGGAGAUACCGGUCACCAAAUUCGGCCAGAACAUAGCGCCGACGAUGACUUUCCUUUACUGCUACUCCUGCGGCUAUCGCAAGGCGUUCGAGGACUACGUGGGCCUGCUAGGCGAGAAGUAUCCGCAAAUCCAGGUGAAUGGCGGCAACUACAAUCCGCCGGGUCUGAACUAUUACCUCUCUAAGAUGAUAUUCGCCCUGAAGAUCAUAAUCAUUGUGUCCGUGGUCAGUGCGGUCAGUCCGUUCACCUUCCUCGGCCUGAACACGCCCAGUUGGUGGAGCCACCUGCAGGCGAACAAGAUAUACGCCUGCAUGAUGAUCUUCUUCCUGGGCAACAUGCUCGAGGCCCAGCUCGUCUCGUCCGGCGCUUUCGAGAUAACACUAAACGAUGUGCCUGUGUGGUCGAAACUGCAGACGGGACGCUUUCCCUCGCCUGAGGUACUCUUUCAAAUCAUCGACAACCAUCUGCAGUUCACCGAAAAGGUGCAGGAGAAUCCGGACUUUGUUAAAUAAUAGCAUUGGACGUACUGGACGGACGGAGGAGCGGAAACAGCAGUUGGACAACACCAAAACAGCCGCAGACAACGAUUUCCGGCUCUGAACCCUAACUUAAACAUAAGCUCUUGUUCCGACAUUAUCCACUUAGCUGUAUUUCUGUUUUCACCCCAACUAUAGCCUACUCUACACGUCCUAAACGCAUCCAAUCCGAUCCGAACGAAAUCGCAUUUGAUCGGAUUUAGAUGGGGUAUAAAGUUCGCUUUAAUUUCAAUCAAACGAAA